GGAUUAGCAGGAUUAAUUAUACUUGCACGAUUUUAUUUUACAUUAUAUGGAUUUCCGGAUUCUCUUUCAUUUAUUUUUAAAUUCCCCCUUUCAGUACUCUAAUAAGCCAGGGAAUGUUUCCGACUUGCCCUCCGUUUGUCUGUCACGUAUGAUUUCUACCCCAUGAUGUCAUCAGUUGCCAGGAAACCGACAAGUUAGCUAUAACGGUCGAUGACGGACCUUAUGUGAAUUUCGCAAGUUUGCGCUUAUCAAAGAAGAAUGUCGAAUGCGACGUAUGACGAGCUCUGGAGAGAGACUCAGGCGUUGCUCGCGGAGACGGUCCAGGCGGAUACGGUGCUCCAGGGCGCGAAGCCGCAAAAGGAUCGUAAGAAGGCGCACGACGUCGUCUCGUCCUUGUACGUCCGAUACAUCCUCAUCUGCAACAAACUCGAACAAUGUUACGAUCAGAUGAUACAACCGCAGAAACGUCUGCUGCUCAAGAGAUCGUUGAACGCGAGUCUGGGCAGGAUGUUGGAGCUCAAGCACGAUCUGGUCAAUAUCGAUCUGUCGGAGCACAGCUAUUGCGACGACGUCUUGCUCGAGUGCGGGGUGACACCGCAGGAAGCGGAGAUCCAGAUACCGAGGUAUUAUAGACGCGAACGUGCUGAAGAAAUUGCGGAGAGACGGAAAUUUAUUGAGGAUACGCUUCGAAAUUUGGGCGCCCUUCACGAGGCUGUCGUGCCGAAAAAAAUCACCGAGUCGCAGGCUAUACGACUUAUUCAGGCUCACGAACGAGCAAGACAAGGUAGAUUGAGAUAUCAGUUUAUGAAAGAAAUUCGUAAGAUGAAAGAAAGAUCAACUACUAAACCAGAAAUCGUUGAUGAAGAUGAUACGGGCGAAAAACUCGCAGCAUUGAAAAUUCAGAAAGUAUGGAAAGGAUAUAUCACUAGAUGCCACGUUCGCAAGAGACGCCUCGAGGAGAUGCUGUUAAUAGGAAUGCUGCAACCUAGUCAAAUAAUUACGGAAAAUGCCAGACAAGCGGAAAGAUUGAAGCAGCAGAGAUACGAAAAGCAAUUGAAUUUUCAACAACAAUACCAGAAUCUGAUAUUUGGAGCGAAAGAGAGAAUUCGCAACGAAAGGAGCGCUAUCAUGGAGGAAAAUAUCAGGAGUGAAAUUCGAAAUUGGAUCGACACUUAUUUUCAACAAACUGGAAAAAUACCCGAUUUACCAUCCGCCGAAAGCGGUGGUUCGCGCAUGAUUUUCAGCAGACAGGGAACUGAGAGUACCGUGAGCAAAUCAACAGUGGUAUCAUCGAAAGAAUCGAAGAAAUCGAAACGCUCGAAAUCGAAGAAAGAUAGCGAAACGGAACAGUCGGAGGAUGAGACGGAUCUAGGAUUUAAAUCGGUCCCUUCCAACUUCCUACCGGAAUUGAUUCACGCAAAUCAGGAGUAUCAGGACGUCUGGAGGGACAAGGAUGAAUCCGCGAACCCGAUGCAGCUACCUUAUAACGACAUGAUAGAAGCGGAGAAAACGAGAGAAGUCGAAGACGAAGUUAGAAUAGUAGUGGAUCAGACGAUGAGAGGCGAUAUAGAGGCUCUUCAAGCUGCGUUAGACAGAGACAGAGGAUUCAAGGGGAAACGCGCGAAAAAGCCACAGAAACGUAUUCGCAGAAGCGGGAAGAAAAAUAAGAGAAAGAAAGAGAAAGAUCUGACGCCCGAUAGAACAACCGAGUCCCUUUUCGAAGAACUUCUCAUGCAGGGUAUUAUUAAACUUCACCGCGAAGUUUCCUUGGAUGAAUUCAAGGGCGAAAAAUCAUUCGUGAAUUAUGAUCUUCGUAUGAAGGAGAAAGAUCCUCUUCCAGCGCUUGGUGACAUAAGGCAAUUAAUUGCCGAAUACUGCAUACUUCCGCUGGGCAAUCAAGCCCUGAGAGAAUUCACACCAUUAGUACGAUCUGUUCUGAUAGCUGGUCCGCACGGUAGCGGCAAAAAAUUGCUGGUGAAUGCAAUCUGUACGGAACUCGGAGCUACGCUCUUCGACAUCACGCCAGUAAAUAUCGCCGGCAAGUAUCCCGGCAAAUCAGGAUUGAUCAUGCUCGUUCAUUUAAUCUCGAAGGUAUCACGAUUGCUGCAGCCGUCAGUGAUUUUUAUGGAUGACGCAGAAAAGCCGUUUGUAAAAAAAGUACCAAAAACGGAUAAGACCGAUCCGAAACGUUUAAGAAAAGAUCUACCAAAGCUCGUCAAGAGUAUCGUGGGUGAGGAUAGAAUUCUGCUUAUCGGAACAUCCAAUAAACCUUGGGACGGCGAUCAAAAACUCUUGUAUCAGACUUACGAUAAAAUCAUUUACAUUCCUAGACCGGAUUAUGGCACUGUGUCUUUGAUAUGGAAAGAUUUAUUGUACAAAUACUCUGGUAUUAAUCGUCAAUUUGAUACAUCAGCUAUAACUAAAGCGUGUGACGGUUUCACAGUCGGUACUGUUUUAGCAACGAUUAACGAGAUGAUGACUACGAAACGUAUGGUACAACUACGAACUCAUCCUUUAACACAUGCUGAAUUGGUAAAUGCGUUGAGUUUCAAGGAUCCAGUGUAUCGCGAAGAGGAAGAUGCGUUUCUAGCUUGGUUUUUCAAAACGCCAACCUGUCGGCGGAAACAAAAAGCUCUUGAAUUGGAACUCGAAAAAUUAAAUGAAGCCAAUGAAUUACAAAAAAAGAAAAGAGGAAAAUAAAUUUCGUAUAAAUAAGGUUCAUAUAUCAAACGAUUAUUGAUGCGAUGUUUCUAUAAUAUAUUUAUCAAUAGAAAAGGCGAAUAGAAAAGAAUAAAAAAAUAAUCUCAAUAAACUAUUCUUUUGUUGUAAACAUUGAAACAAUGCAAGUUUUCUGCUUUAACAAAAUUAAUUUAGCGCUAACUUUUGUUUAGUCUGUAACGUUACAAAAAGUAAUAAAAAUAUUA